AUGACUGGAUCCAAGCACAAAAAGAUCCUUCUGAAAUACGCUACCAGCUACCAUCUUCCAACUCCCAACUCCCAACCACCCGUCUCCCAGCUACCAUCUACCAUCUUCCAACUCCCAACCACCCACCUUCCAGCUACCAGCUACCAUCUCCCAACUCCCAGUGCCAACCACCUCCAAGCUACCAGCUACCAUCUCCCAACUCCCAACCACCCACCUCCCAGCUACCAGCUACCAUCUCCCAACUCCCAACCACCCACCUCCCAGCUACCAGCUACCAUCUCCCAACUCCCAACCACCCACCUCUCAGCUACCAGCUACCAUCUUCCAACUCCCAGACACCCACCUCCCAGCUACCAGCUACCAUCUUCCAACUCCCAGUGCCAACCACCUCCAAGCUUCCAGCUACCAUCUUCCAACUCCCAACCACCCACCUCCCAGCUACCAGCUACCAGCUCCCAACUCCCAACCACCCAGCUACCAGCUACCAUCUUCCAACACCCAACCACCCACCUCCCAGCUACCAUCUCCCAACUCCCAACUCCCAGUGCCAACCACCUCCCACCUACCAGCUACCAUCUUCCAACUCCCAACCACCCACCUCCCAGCUACCAGCUACCAUCAACUCCCAACCACCCACCUCCCACCUACCAGCUACUAUCUUCCAACUCCCAACUCCCAACCACCCACCUCCCAGCUACCAGCUACCAUCUUCCAACUCCCAACCACCCACCUCCCAGCUACCAGCUACCAUCUUCCAACUCCCAACCACCCACCUCUCAGCUACCAGCUACCAGCUACCAUUUCCCAACUCCCAACCACCCACCUCCCAGCUACCAUCUCCAAACUCCCAGCGCCAACCACCCACCUCCCACCUACCAGCUACCAUCUUCCAACUCCCAACCACCCACCUCCCAGCUACCAGCUACCAGCUACCAUCUGCCAACUCCCAACCACCCACCUCCCAGCUACCAUCUUCUAACUCCCAACCUCCCAGCUAACAGCUACCAUCUUCCAACUCCCAACCACCCACCUCCCAGCUACCAGCUACCAUUUCCUAACUCCCAGUACCAACCACCCACCUCCCAACUACCAGCUACCAUCUUCCAACUCCCAACCACCCACCUCCCAACUACCAGCUACCAUCUUCCAACUCCCAACCACCCACCUCCCAGCUACCAUCUUCUAACUCCCAACCACCCACCUCCCAGCUACCAUCUUCCAACUCCCAACCACCCACCUCCCAGCUACCAUCUUCUAACUCCCAACCUCCCAGCUAACAGCUACCAUCUUCCAACUCUCAACCACCCACCUCCCAGCUACCAGCUACCAUCUCCUAACUCCCAGUGCCAACCACCUCCCAGCUACCAGCUACCAGCUACCAUCUCCCAACUCCCAACCAUCCACCUCCCAGCUACCAGCUACCAUCUUCCAACUCCCAACCACCCACCUCCCAGCUACCAGCUACCAUCUCCAAACUCACAACCACCCACCUCCCAGCUACCAGCUACCAUCUCCCAACUCCCAACCACCCACCUCCCAUCUACCAGCUACCAUCUCCCAACUCCCAACCACCCACCUCCCAACUACCAGCUACCAUCUUCCAACUCCCAACCACCCACCUCCCAGCUACCAGCUACCAUCUCCCAACUCACAACCACCCACCUCCCAGCUACCAGCUACCAUCUCCCAACUCCCAACCACCCACCUUCCAGCUACCAGCUACCAUCUCCCAACUCCCAACCACCCACCUCCCAACUACCAGCUACCAUCUUCCAACUCCCAACCACCCACCUCCCAGCUACCAGCUACCAUCUCCCAACUCCCAACCACCCACCUUCCAGCUACCAGCUACCAUCUCCCAACUCCCAACCACCCACCUUCCAGCUACCAGCUACCAUCUCCCAACUCCCAACCACCCACCUUCCAGCUACCAGCUACCAUCUCCCAACUCCCAGCACUGACCACCUUCUCACACAAACAAACUCAUGUACCACAUUCAGAUAG